GCUGCUGCUGAGUGCUUAGCGGAAAGUCACCAGCAUUUGUCCAAGGAGUCGUUAGCAGGAAACAAACCCACCAAUGCUGUACUUCAUAAGGUAAUCUUUCACUCAGAUCGUUUAGUAGUUUAUGGCUUCAACAGCCUGUGAAUAGGCUUUCCAUAAAGGGAGGGUGGGGAGAAACCGGUCGUGACACGGGGCGGGGAACCAUUACAGAUAAUUCUUGCUACACACUUCAAAGCGUUUGUAGGCUGAUGUAGUGUCCAUCGUGAGCUAUUCUUGCAUGUUGCUUAUUCAUCACAAUUAAAGUAGCAUCUUUCGGACUAUAAGCCUGUGAAUAUUGUCUCCUUUCAUCGCUCCCCACUUUUUGGAUGUUUUGUGAGAGACUGUGAAAGUGAAUUUUAUCUACUUGGGAAUAUACAUUUUUAUCACUUCUUUCCAUAAUCACUUCACUCGUUGUGAUUACAACUGUAUAUAACAUAGUGACCCUGUUAUAUGACUGAUAAGUUUAUGGUUCGUUUAAGACAAAAAAAAUCAUUAUAUCACCAGGCCCCAGUUGUUCAAAAGCUGUAUAGCGACCAAUAGCGCUAUCCACUGAUUGGCGAUUAAUCUGGUGGAUACGUAUUAGGGAAACAAAUUGUAAUAUUCCCUAAAUAGUGAUUUAUCCAGUGGAUAGGACUUUUCACCUUUUUACCUUCUUGGAUGUAACAGAAGGACAUUUAUCGUUUUUGUUUUUGUUUCAGUACUUAAUCAGCUGGAGGAGUUGCUAUCAGACAUGAAGUCGGACGUCAAUCGUCUUCCCUCUACACUAGUCCGAAUGCCUCCCGUUACCGCUCGGCUUAACAUGUCCGACAGAGGAAUCCAUAGCCGUCUAACGAAACGUGGUGAGGGACCACCACCCAAUGUUACCAUACCUAGAAACACCAUUCAGCCCCCACCCGUUCCAGGAAUGGGUUCAACUGCUAUCCAGCCAAAGGUCCAACCCUUGGUGUUGGGCGGUGGCACUAUCGUGCCCCCUGUACAAAUGAGAGCAGGAACCCUGCACUACAAUACAAGCUCUGAAUACUGCGCUCCACCCGUGACAGGCAGCAAUGCAACCAUCACAGUCCAGCCGCCUACACCAACUACUCUAUUCCACUACUACAUCAAGUCAGGCCAAGCCGGGGCUCGUGCAGAAUAUACCCAAACCUCUCCGAUGAUCAGUCAUCACGUAAACUCACCCACCCCCACACAGUACGUCACUACUCUUCUUACCAAGCCCGCUGUGACUGCUGCGUCCGCUGUACCACAAACAGUGUCGGCUCCUGCCAGCUUUGGAGCCGUUCUUACUCCUGUUACUUAUGUGGAGUUCAGCUAA